CUCUCCCUCCUACCCUGUCUGUUGCCCCUCUCUCUUUUAAUCUCUCUCUGUCUCCAGAAUUAAACAAUGAAAAUGGCUUCCGGGAUUCGGAAAUCUUCUUCUUUCUGUGUUGCCAUCUUCGUUGUUUUCUCAUGUUUUUGUCUGGCCAAUUCGGAGAACAACAUGUUGCAGACUGGGAAAUGGAGAAGAAGACAGCAGGAGAGUUGUAAUGUAUAUGAAGGGAGAUGGGUGUACGACGAGUCGUAUCCGCUUUAUAAUUCAUCAGCCUGCCCACACAUCCGCCGGGAAUUCGAUUGCCAGAAGUACGGUCGCCCCGAUCAUCUCUACCUUAAAUACAGAUGGCAGCCCAAUGACUGUGACUUGCCAAGGUUUGAUGCUGAAGAUUUUCUGAACAGAUUUAAAGGGAAGAAAUUAUUUCGUAGGGACUCAGUAAGCCUCAACCAAAUGCAGUCACUUUAUGCUUACUCCAAACCUCUGUUCCACAUGCCAAUAUCACCAGUCAGACCAAUGACUCAAUCUCACGUGUUUUUCCGGUUCUAUUUAUAUCUAGACUACUGUAAACUGGGAAUUUAUUAA